CGUGGUAUUAAUUCUAGUGUAGAGGACAGUGGUACACAUGCUGUUAUUGUAAUUUCACAAGACAAAGUGAUAUCAGAGUGAUUGGGAGAAAUCGAUGGCAGAGGCGGACUCAUCCGGCGCCGAGGCCUCCGCCGCCGCCAGCCGCCGCCAGGCGAGGUGGUCUCUUCGGGGCAUGACGGCUCUCGUCACCGGCGGCACCCGAGGAAUCGGGCAUGCGGUGGUGGAGGAGCUGGCGGCGCUGGGAGCGGCGGUGCACACGUGCUCGCGGAAAGAGGGGGAGCUGAAGGAGUGCCUGGAGAAGUGGGCGGGGCUAGGGUUUCACGUCACGGGCUCCGUCUGCGACCUCUCCGUGCGGGAGCAGCGGGAGGCCCUGAUGCGGGAGGUGGCUUCCGCCCUCGAUGGCAAGCUCAACAUCCUCAUAAACAAUGUUGGAACAAAUAUAAGGAAACAAACAGUUGAAUAUUCUGCGGAGGAGUACUCUUUCCUUAUGACCACCAAUCUUGAAUCUGCAUACCACAUGUGCCAACUUGCACACCCUCUUCUUAAAGCAUCCGGAAUGGGAAGUAUUGUUUUCAUUUCCUCGGUCGCUGGGGUGGUAGCUUUAAACAGUGGAACCAUAUACGCUGCAACAAAAGGAGCAAUUAACCAGUUGACAAAGAACUUAGCGUGUGAAUGGGCAAAAGACAACAUCAGAACCAAUUCUGUUUCCCCAUGGUACAUCAAGACAUCACUCGUAGAGGAGUUACUAGAGCAAAAGGAAUUCGUGGAGAAGGUGAUUGAGCGGACCCCUCUUCGAAGGGUGGGAGAGCCUGAGGAAGUGUCGUCGCUUGUAGCGUUUCUCUGCCUCCCUGCCGCAUCUUACAUCACCGGACAAACCAUCUCUGUCGACGGAGGGAUGACCGUUAACGGGUUCUACCCCUAGCAUUGCUUGAUUCCGUCGCAUCAAAAAUGAACUUCCGGUGAAUAGCUAAUAAUAAACUCCUCUCCCUUCUUCAGCAUUUGGUACUGAAUUCUAGUCCUACCAUGUAUUGCGAAAGGUUACAGGGACCAAAAGCUGAAUUAUUUGUAUGAGGAUUAUUUGUACUGAAUUAUUUGUAUGAGGAUUAGAAGUUGCAAAGCUGAAUCGAAUAAAAGCUGUUUAUCUGGAUGAAAUUUAUCCAAA